UGCCGAGACACACGCGGACGGCACUGGAACCCCUCGCCGACGUGUCGCCGCCCCCCGCGGCCCGCCCUACUCCGCCGUCCGCCCUGUCCUCCCAGCGGCCAGCGCCGCCGUCCGUACCACUUCUCCUGCGGCUGAAUCCUCCGCAAUGCCGCACCACGCCACCCCUCUGCAUCCUCCUGCGGUGCGCAAGUUCCUGUCCCGACCCCGCGUGGUCGCGGCCUGCGCGGCUGUCGCGGCGCUCGUGCUCCUCCUGUCCGCCGCCCCGGCCGCGGAGGAUCCCAGCCGGUGGCACUCCUACCUCGUGGGCCCUCUCCCCGGCGGGACCCGCGAGGAGACGGUGGUGGCCGUGGUGGGAAGCUUCGCGGGCGCCGCCGCCGCCUCGCCUUCAGCCGCCGGAGCGCCUCUUUCUUCCCUCGGCGAGAGUAAUUUGUCAGGCGAGAUUGAACCAACACCAGCCCCUUCUAUGGUUUUGGUCCCGGCACCUUCGCCUGCAGAGAAUUUUGAUGAUGGUUCAAUGGAGGAACCCGAACGUCCUGAGAUAAAGGGAAAUCCACCAAAAGAUCCAGCUCCUCUUCUCCAAGAGCCCAUUUCUACUGGUUUGCCUACAAUGAGCUCUGAUGUCAAUGGAGAACAUGACAUGGACAGAAAACCUGUUCUGCCUCUAAGGCUAGAGCAGGCACCACUUUGGUCAACAGCAGCUGACAAAGAGCUUAUAUAUGCAAAGAAAGAUAUCACCAAUGCACCAUUGACAUUGGAUGACCCUGAUCUAUAUGCACCCCUGUUCCGGAAUGUGUCCAUGUUUAAAAGGAGUUAUGAACUGAUGGAGAGACUUCUCAAGGUUUUCAUAUAUCAUGAUGGAGCAAAACCUAUUUUUCAUUCUCCAGAAUUGAAAGGCAUCUAUGCAUCUGAGGGGUGGUUCAUGAAAUUGAUGGAGGCAAACCAAAAUUUUGUUGUGAGAGAUCCAAAUAGAGCCCAUUUAUUCUAUCUCCCAUAUAGCUCUCGUCAACUGGAGCAUAAUCUUUAUGUGCCUGGCUCAAAUAGUAUUGAGCCCCUGUCUAUCUUCAUCAAAAAUUACAUUGACAUGAUCUCUGCCAAGUACCCAUAUUGGAAUAGGACAAAAGGAGCUGAUCAUUUUUUUGUUGCUUGUCACGACUGGGGGCCUUACACAACCAAAUUGCAUGAUGAAUUGCGGAAGAACACAAUUAAAGCUCUCUGCAACGCAGACCUCUCUGAAGGAAUUUUUAUACGUGGUAAAGAUGUUUCCCUUCCAGAAACAUUUCUUAGAGCACCAAGAAGACCUCUAAGAGAUAUUGGGGGGAGACCAGUUGCGCAGAGAACUAUCCUUGCCUUCUUUGCAGGGCAGAUGCACGGUCGAGUUCGACCUGUACUUCUCAAGUGUUGGGGCGACAAGGACGCAGAUAUGAGAAUAUACAGUCGGCUGCCACACCGAAUCACUAGGAGGAGGAAUUAUGUUCAGCAUAUGAAGUCGAGCAAGUACUGUAUCUGUCCCAUGGGAUACGAGGUAAAUAGCCCAAGGAUAGUUGAGGCAAUAUACUAUGAGUGUGUUCCAGUAAUAAUUGCCGAUAACUUUGUGCUUCCAUUCGACGAUGCACUCAACUGGAGUGCGUUCUCUGUGGUAGUACCAGAGAGGGAUGUACCUAAACUGAAGGAGAUCCUGCUUGCAAUACCCAAGAGUCAGUACAUCACCCUGCAAUCAAAUGUGAAAAGGGUGCAGAAGCAUUUUCUGUGGCAUCCAAAUCCCAUCAAGUACGACAUUUUCCACAUGAUACUACACUCAGUUUGGUUUAGCAGAGUAAAUCAGAUGCAAAUCGAUUAGAACCUAAACCUAUCCUCCACAUACCUCAAUUUCAUGUGAUGGUUGGCUCUCUGCUGAUCCAUUUCUGGUGUGUGACCUUGGUCUGAAGGAAGCAGCUGAUGUGGUAUUAUUUGGAUGGUGGUUUGGUCACUGCAGCUGUUACUAAGGUUAUGAUUGGAGAUAGCAAUCUGACAAUAGAACCUGACAUAAUCUGUGGAUAAUAGACAGUUGCAUAUAGGAGCGGCUUAGAAUUUGUAAGUUUUGCAUUACUGGUAAUUUCUCGGAUGGAUCAAUUUGAUGCAAGUGUUGAGGAAAGCUGGUAAGCGAAGAUUGGUAACCAUGUGAAGACGUUCUUUUUCUGAAAGAUUCUAAAAUCCUUUCCUUCUUUUUAACUGGGGGACGGGAUAUGAUGCCGAGAUCUGGAAACAUUGUAACUGGCCAAAAAACAGGAAGAAAGCAAGUUUGCUUUUGUGAGGAGUAA